AAUAAUUAUGAAAAUUCUAAACUUACUUAUGUUAUAAUGUACUCCGGAAAUUUUAUAAUUUUUGUAAUAACAUUGAUAUUUGCAGGAAAUGAAAGCAACAUUGGCAAAAAUGAAAGGAUUGAAAUUACUAAUAAGAUAACAGAAGAUAAAGAAAUACAGGUUGAGGCAAAACUAUCUCUUUAUUCACCAAGGAAAAGAAACUUGAGAUCCAAAAUUGCAAUUCUCAGGCAGAAAAACAAAAAUGUAGAAAGAAGAAUAGAAGUGAAGAAAACGAACAAUAAAAGUUUAAAUACGUUCGAAGAAUGGUUGUCACUUUGUGACAAGUAUCUCCCACCUCAAACAGCAACUUUCACAAAAACUCAAGCAAAACUUUAUCAACAAGCAAGGAAAGGAAUUUACUGUGGAUAGAUUCCAAUAUUCACUGCCAGCACAGUAAAUCUAUUGAUACAAAUUUAUUGUAUUCAUAUAAAUGUAUUGUAUUAUGUGAUAACAAACUAUACAUUCUCAAUACUGACUAUGAAUAUCGGAAUGCACUCUGUAUUAUACUGCAAUAUAUUUCUUUUUGAAAUUUGGCGCUUCCGCAACCAAAGACAUGGCGAUAGGUCACGUGAUUGUGAAACUCCGACAUCAAAGGCACCGACAGUUACUGUCGUAACUGGUUAUACUUAAACUGUGCCAUCGCGCUAUACGCUCCGCCUACCGACUUACCUAUCGCGGCCUACCGAAACCGCGAUCCGGUAACUGGCGCCGUCACCCAGAAACUUUGUAUACUAAUACGCGAACACU